AUGCUACGAUAUGGCGUAAAACCAGCUAACAGAUUUUGUUUAAUUCAAAUUAGAUGCAUCAGGUCCAAACCUCAAUUAUCAAAGGUUGCUCCCACCACUGAACAAAUAGCAGGCUUCAUACAAGAGCAACACAAAGGGUUCCCUUCUAAUGAGAGCCAUAAAAGGAUGGAAAUAAAAGAAAAUCAAUUUUUGGACAUGAGGAAUGUGACAGAUAAACGGUUUGAAGACUCUGAUGACUUCAUUCAUCUCCUGGAGUUGAAAAAUCCAGGUUUUAAAAAGUCUGUCUUGAAUUUGCGACGUUUAAAGAUAAAGUUAAAAUCUCUUCCUCCAGGUUCUAAUGAUAAAUUUAAAGAAGUUUUUGAUUACUUGCUAAGAGAAUGUGAAGGUGAAAUCACUAGGAUGCAGACUAUGAGUCCUGAAAAGUUUAAGGAAACAGUGGAUAAUAAUAAGUUGAGAGAGUUGGAGAUGAAGAAAAUAAAGGCUAAAUCUGAAACUGAGCUUAGCGACGUCAUGUUCCAUGAGCUAUUAAUGAAAAAUCGAGAUGAUUCAAUAUUCCAAAAUACUGAGGAAUUAUUCAGACUGAUGUUAGACUUAGUUACGACUGGUGAUAAAAUAAUAAGUGUUGAGCAAAUGGUUCAGGCAUUUGAGUUGUCCAAAUUAAUCCCUUCUACAAUACAUCGUUUGCGUGGUAUCUUUCUAUCAGGUCGGUUGUUGUAUUCAUUGGGCACCGUAAGAAUGGAUCCAGUGAAUGAAUCCUUUUAUAUUGAAGCUUUGCUUUACCAUGGUCAUUUUAGACAAGCAAUACAUCUGUUUGAAACAUACAAAGACAAGGUUGAUCAGCGUUGGUGGUACGAGAUAGGGAUGAUGACAUUGUUAAGAGCUAAUAAAAUCCAUAAAUUUGACCAGCUAUUCAAGCGAUCAUUAGAGAAAUUUGGAUCUGAUUAUUUUAGAUCUACUGUCAUUAAAACUGCAAUUCAAAAGAAACUAUACAUGAGAGAUUUUGCAGCUGCUGACAGGCUCACCGAUUUUUUUUUGGACAUUGCAGACAGAUAUGGAUGUGCUAGAGACGAACGGAUAGAAAGCCAUAUGAAAACCUUUGAAAAUGAGGAACAAGCAAAUUUAUACUUAAAUGCUAUUCAAAAACCAACAGAUAAGGACUUUAAUAGUAUAAUACAAGCUCAUGUUUUCCGCAAGAAUCAAAAAACAGCCCUCAAAACUUUUGCAAAGUAUAUUCAGCGUCCUGAGUUUGGAGAUGCUGAUUGGAGUUAUUGUAUUACUAAAAUGCAACUGCCACUAUUAAAAGAUUAUGAAUUCCUAAAAGAGGCUAUAGAGCCGUUUUUAGAGCCUGGUUUAGAGGCUGAACGGUUAAAGAAGUUAGAAAGAAUCUUUAAUGUUUCUCUCGAAAAACUUGGUGUGCCAGAGAUCAAAAGAGCAUUGGACGUCAUCUUGUACCAAAACAUAAACAGAUUUACCUUGGACUCUAAAACAACAGAUUUAAUUCACAAAUAUAUUGUUCGCAAUUGGAUAUCCCCAACAGAAACAAUAAAUGAUGACGACCUAUCGAAGAAAUUUUAUGGAAUUCUCAAGAUUUUAUUGGCGAAUGGUAAAAUUGAGAGUUCUAAGAAGCUAGUUAAAAAAUUGGAGGAAUCGGAUGGUAGUAACUAUUAUCCAAAAGUAAAUGGACAUCAUUAUGCUGCAAUCAUCGACUACUACUUAAGAAAAGUAUUGCUUACAAAAAGUAGGGCUAAAAGGGCAUCAUACUCGAAAGAAGUAACAACUAUUUUUGAUGGUAUGAAAAAGAUGCAGUUGGAUUUCAAUUCUAGAGUGAUCUCAUCUUUGCUGGCAUUUUACAGGAAUAUGCCAGAUUUCAAUAAUUGCUUUGCCUUGAUAAAUCGAUUAUUCGAUUAUAAAUUGGCGCAGUCUGAUGCUACUGACCAAAAAAUUAACUUGAGCCCGUUCUACGGUAGACGUAUUAUUAACGUAGAUUUAUAUGGUGAGGUAUGGAGAUGUUAUCUUUCGUAUUAUACUAAGAAAAGCGAUUGGACUUUGCUUCACCAUACUUCCAACUCAGUCGGUUGGAAGAAUCAUGUGAUGCAGACCAUGAAAGAGACCAAAAUCCACCCAACUCAUUCGAUGCUUCUGUUGUUUAAAACUAUGGUGGAAGAUGACAACAUUUUAAUAUCCUCCAAUUUAUAUGGAACUAUAAUUCGGAGCUUUAUAAAAGGACGCAAUUGGACUAGUCUUCCCGCUGUUAUAGAAUAUAUGAGAAGCAGCCACGGUGUUGAACUUGAAAAACGUCUAAAGGCGUAUGUCGAAGAAUCAUUAAAGAGAGAAUAUGUUGCUUUCGAAAGACAAAAGUUAGGUAUCAUCAAUUCUACACUAUCAUCUCCUUCAAAGCUUGCUGUGGCAAAAAAAAGAGUUGAUGAUAUGAUUAAUAAUAAUGUGAUACUGAAAAGCCAUACAGAUAAUGACGUUGAUGAUACAAUUAUCAAGCUGUUGGAAUACUUGAGCAAGGUCAAUAAGGAAGACAUUUCAACGGUAAUGGAUGUGUAUAAAAUUUUAAAACUGGACGUUGCUCUGAUCAAUAAGCUCAUGUCCAAGGAUUACCUGUAA